AGGAACCAGAGAGGACCACUCGUAAGGUAGAUGCACACGGCGGACCCUUGUCUCGGGAGGCUAAACGACCUUUCCUCUCUCCACUAGCAGGCCUUCUUGCUCUCGUCCGUUUACGUGAGGGAAGAUCAGGCCGGCCCAGCUCGAUACCUCUCCCAGCUACGUGCGCGAUAGCCACCGGGCAAAGGCGAAGAGACCAGGCGGCCAGGAGGGGGAAGCGACAUACAGACCUCCCAGAAAGAAAAGAAAGCAGGAGAGAAGAGCGUGGGAAAGAAUGCGACCCCUCGGCCGACGCACCGCGAUCGCCGUCUUCGCCGUCGCCGUCUCGGCGCACCCGGCGCCGGCCCCGACCGAGACAGCCCAGGAGGCGCCGUGCGUCACGGGGACGCCCGUGGUAACGGCCGGGUACACGAUCGACGGCUACGCGCCGGCGCUGCCGACGGCGCGCUUCGAGAGCGGGUACCAGCCGGAGCCGGCGUGGGCGGACGACCACGUCGUGGGGACCUAUACCUUUGGCGUCCCGUCCCCCGUCGCCGAGGGCUUCGCCUACGCCCAGUUCAAGUGCCAGUACUACUGCCGCAGCAGCCCCGCCGCCAGCUUCUUCGUCGGCUACGUCGGCAGCCGCUCCGGGUCGCUGUGCACGUGCUACGACGAGCUGUUGGACACGGAAAAGUUCGUAGCGUAUAAUGAGUCUCUCGUCGGAGCGUGGAAUCACAUCUGCCCGGCCAAGUCGCUCGAUUGAACGGCCGGAAUUUGAAAAAAGGGGAAAGGGGGCGGUGGCCGACGGGAUUUCGUGCCCCCUACUUCGGAAAAGGCAAUACCACCCGCGCAGUUCCGUAUUGCGAGGAGAGGAGAUUUUUUUCUCGUUUACCACCAAGCUCAUCAUGGGGAAUUGUCCUGAAAGGAAAUUCUUAUUUCAAUACACAACUGGCGAAGUUUGAUUCUGUCAUACAUCGACAAUAGCAACUGCGGAUCAGCGCCGGGCCUUGCUGCUACUACGUUGACCUGGCAGACCAGUUAAACACACCCAAGAGCACCUAGCAUAAAGCUAUUGAAAUCCCUUCCCUUCUCCCACGCUCC